AUGAUUGGUGAUAAAGGUGUCAAUUUGAGUGGUGGACAAAAGGCUCGAAUAUCGCUUGCUCGUGCUCUUUAUGCUGAUGCUGAUUUAUAUUUACUUGACGAUCCACUUGCUGCCGUUGAUCGGAAGGUGGCAAAGAAAAUUUUUGAUCAAUGUAUCGGUCCACGCAGUCUACUUCGUGGAAAAACUCGAAUAUUAGUUACACAUCAGACACAUUUUUUAGUUGAAGCAGAUCAAAUGAUUCUCUUAACGAAUGGUCACAUUGACGAAUUACAUAUUGAACAACCACUUCCAAUUGACCCAUCGAAUGAUACGUUAGAAACAAAUUCAUCUAACGAGAAGGAAACAGAUUGGAAACUUGACACUAAUACAACUGAUAUGAAUUCAAUUAUAAAGACUGAGACAUCAGUUGAUGGUGGCAUCAAAUGGAAUAUUUGGCUACAAUUGUUUACUUCGCCACCUCUCCGUUGGUUAGGCUUUUUUCUUAUGAUAAUUUUUAUGCUUGCGAAUGAAGCUCUAUACGAUUUUGCAAAUCGUUGGCUCGCUAUAUGGUCUGGUAAAGAUGAAAACGAACAACGAUCUUCAUUUUAUGCUUACGUCUAUCUUGCAGUUAUAUUUUCUACAUUGAUCAUUGCAUUAAUACGUGUCGGUUUUACUUUCUUUGUCAUGUUAAGUGGAUCGACUUAUUUUCACAAUCGAAUGCUUAACGGUAUGUUGUAUACUUCACUACGUUUUUUUGAAAGUAAUCCAAGUGGACGAAUAUUGAAUCGAGCAAGCAAAGAUCAACAAGUAUUAGAUGAAUCGUUACCUCAGGCUGUGAUUGAUACUAUGCAAAAUCUAUUAAUGACUUUCGGUUCUAUUACAAUCAUUGGAAUAAUCAAUCCAUGGGUACUUCUAAUUCUUAUUCCUUUGGUUCCUACAGUUUUGUGGCUACGUCGAUUUUAUAUGCGUUCGAGUCGUCAACUUAAACGACUCGAAAGUGUAACGCGUAGUCCAUUGUAUGCAUUGUUCUCAUCGUCAUUAGAUGGUCUUACUAGUAUUCGUGCGUUUAACGUUCAAUCCAAUUUCUUAAAUAUGUUUUUGGAAAGAAUCGAUGCAAACUCACGAAGUUACUUCGUUCUGUUUACCACUGCACGUUGGUUUGGUUUACGACUCGAUCUUAUGACAUCCUUACUGACUUUAAUUACUGCUGUUCUGGCAGUAGCAUUGCGUGAUCAAAUCGAUCCGUCAGCAGCAGCACUCAGUAUUAGCUAUUGUAUCACUUUAACAGGUCUCUUUCAAUGGGGUAUACGACAAUCAGCCGAAGCUGAAAAUUUUAUGACCAGUGCAGAACGUAUUCAUGAAUAUGGUCAACUAGUACCAGAAAAUUAUCAGAACAGUAAUAAAAGCGAUGUAUUUCUUCAACCAGCAAAUGAUUGGCCUUCUCGUGGUAUUAUAGAAUUUAAAGACUAUACUUUUCGUUAUCGACCAGAACUCGAUCCUGUACUCAAAAAUCUUAAUCUAAGAAUUGAGCCCAAGGAAAAAAUUGGAAUUAUUGGUCAAACAGGUGCUGGAAAGUCAUCACUUCUUCAAGCUCUAUUCCGACUUGUCGAUCAAUCAGCAAUUAGCGGAAGCAUUCUCAUCGACGGUAUCGAUAUUGGACAUCUUUCACUCGAUUGUCUUCGUUCUCAUUUAAAUGUUAUUCCACAAGUACCUAUACUUUUCUGUGGUACACUUCGAUACAAUAUUGAUCCAUUCGAACAAUUUUCAGAUGAAGAAUGUCUUACAGCACUUGAAGCUGUUCAACUCAAACAAUUGGUGUGCAAUCAUCCUGAUGGACUCCUUCUAACGGUAGCCGAAUCGGGUACUAAUUUGAGUGCUGGUGAACGACAAUUGAUUUGUGUAGCCCGAGCCAUUCUGAAGAAGAGUCGUAUAUUACUUAUUGAUGAGGCUACUGCAAAUGUUGAUUAUACAACCGAUAGGAUGAUUCAAGAGGUUAUUGCUGACAAGUUUCGUGAUCGUACUAUAUUAACGAUUGCACAUCGAUUGAAUACAAUAGCAAAUAGUGAUCGCAUACUUAUGUUACAACAAGGAGAAGUAAUUUAUUUUGAUGUUCCUAAGAAUAUCGACCUAUUUCAAGGUGAUACACAAAACUAA